GAAGAUGUGCACCUGCAGGGUGACACCGACGCAAUCAGCGCCAAAUAUGGGGAGCGUGCUGCACCAAUGGUGGGUGUGGCAGCGGGUGCUCGAGAUGAGGGCCAGGCGCAAGAUGCCGUCAACCACUACUUGAGGCAGCUCACGCCAGCAUCUGUGGAAGAUCAGCCCUCUGAAACCAUGUCAGAGGCGGACUCUUCGCAGCAGCCUGUGAAAAGCUUGGAGUUCAAUGUGUUUGAUGAAGCCCCGGCCAACAGCCCGCCGAAGAAAAGAAGGCAAGGACAUGCCACGAACGGGCAACCUUCACUUCCAAGUGCUCCUCCUUCUGAGGCAGAGCCCGGUGCUGAAGGUGAUCUCAAGAAGAAAGGCAAGGGCAACGGCAAGGCUGCGCAAGCCUCAUGGCUUGUUAAUGCUACUGCCAGGCCUGCGACCAAGCGUGGCGGCGGGAAAGGCAAAGAUCCAGCUGUGGGAGCUGACUUGGCCAAAGCGCGGGAGUUGCUGUCCAGUAUGGAAGCCAAGUACUCAGAUGCAUGUCUUUGGGAGGCACGACCGAAAAAGAAAGCGUUGGAGAAGGACGGCAAGUUGCUCGGUGACUUAGCCAACAAGUUGCUGUUGACCGGCCACGAGGAUGAUGUUGAGAUGAGCAAAACCUUGAACGAUUUCUUCACGAGCGUGGAGGAGAAGAAUGAGCUCUUGACCAGCGCGAGCAAGUCACCCCUGAGCUACGUUCAGUCGCCUAUGGACGAGCACGCCAUGAACUUGUUCUUGUCCAUGGAGCCCACUGUUCUCAACAACAUCAUUGUCUUUGCAGCAACCGAGUGUUUGAAAAACAUCGAUCAGGAGCCA